UCACGCACACAUAUAUCAAUGAGGUUUGAAUCCUCAACCUCAGGCGGAAUGACAUUGCAGACGUAAGUUCGCAUCAAGUAUGAAAAUUUCGCGCCGGUAAUCUAAUGCUUCUGCAGUGCCUUCUGUCUUUGUUUUUUGUUUUGGAACUCUUGACAUCGUAUGGACGCUUGUCAUGUCUGCAUUGUGGGGUCGAAGACAACGCACCAAUUUUGUGCGUGUCAGAAUUUCAGCAGGGGCGUGUGGGGCACGUGGUAAAUCCCCUCGGGUGGUGCCAGCUGGCAGUAAAGUUGGCGGGGGACCUUAUCCAUUUUUUCUUAUAAACAAAAGUACUGAUUAGCCUCUGCCUCCCAUUUUGUUGCUCCCUCUUCAGUCUCCAUGCCUCUUGCAGACCAUUUUACCCUUAUCAUUCAUCUUAAUGACAACACUGCCAUGCCACGUGAACAAACAUGUGCAGCAUUUAGCUGCCAUUGGUUGUUGGCGGUCACGUAAUUAGGACCGUUACUGUAAAGUCGGUACUGUACGAAACUGGAGAUAAGGUUCGCGGUUGAGCGAUUAACUUUUUUAUUCUCAAUUAAUCACUCAAAAUAUUAAUGGUUAUCUGUAAAAUUAUCUGAAUAUUAACAGUGCUUUCCUAUUUCACAUUUCACGCCGUAUUAUUUUGAGGAAGCAGAAGCUGGAAAGGGAAGAUCUUGUACAUAAGGAAACCCUAGAAUUUUCUGGUUAUUUGUAAUUUGUAAUUUUCCAUAAAUUCGGCUACAACUUGCUACUCUAUCAAUAAGGAUUGCUUUGCCGUUGCUUCAAUCGUUAAGAGCAGAUUAGUUUUGUAGGAGUAAUUUUUAGAAGAGCGUAAAGAUGAUGUCAAGAUCGUAUGCAAAUCUUUUGGAUUUGGCUUCAGGGAAUUUCCCAGCAAUGGGUAGGGAGUUUAAAGAAAGAAAGCGGCUGCCAAGAGUUAUGAGUGUCCCUGGGAUAAUUUCAGAACUUGAUGAUGAUCAGGCACAUAGUGUUUCUUCUGAUAAUCCAUCAACUGUUUCUACAGAUAGGAUCAUCAUUGUAGCUAACCGGCUUCCUUUGAAAGCAAAACACAAGCAGGACAAUAAGGGGUGGAGUUUCAGUUGGAAUGAAGAUUCGUUGCUUCUACAGCUUAAAGACGGGUUUCAUGAAGAUAUGGAAGUUCUUUAUGUUGGGUCAUUGGGGGUUGACGUUGAUCCAGCUGAACAAGAUGAUGUGUCACAGUAUUUAUUGGAUAAAUUCAAUUGUGUCCCUACUUUUCUGCCCCCUGAUGUUUUGACUAAAUUUUAUGAUGGUUUCUGCAAAAGGCAGUUAUGGCCAUUGUUUCAUUACAUGUUACCUUUUUCAACUGAUAAAAACCACCGGUUUGAUCGCUCUCUGUGGGAAGCCUAUGUGAUGGCAAAUAAGAUAUUUUUUCAGAAGGUAGUUGAGGUAAUAAACCCAGAGGAUGAUUAUAUUUGGAUUCAUGAUUAUCAUUUGAUGGUGCUGCCAACUUUUAUAAGAAGGCGCUUUAACAGGGUGAAAAUGGGAUUUUUUCUGCAUAGCCCGUUUCCAUCUUCAGAAAUAUAUAGGACUCUUCCUGUCAGGGAAGAGAUACUUAAAGCUUUACUAAAUUCUGAUAUCAUUGGUUUCCACACCUUUGACUAUGCUCGUCAUUUUUUGUCCUGUUGCAGCCGCAUGUUGGGGCUGGAGUAUCAGUCAAAGAGGGGGUAUUUAGGAUUGGAAUAUUAUGGAAGGACGAUAAGUAUUAAGAUUAUGCCUGUUGGGGUUCACAUGGGUCGUAUUAAAAUAGUCAUGAGAAUGGCAGAUGAAAAGUCUAAAAUAAAGGAGCUGAAACAGCAAUUUGAAGGGAAAACGGUCUUGCUUGGGGUUGAUGAUAUGGACAUUUUUAAAGGUAUUGAUUUGAAGAUUUUGGCUAUGGAGCAGAUGCUCAGUCAACAUCCUAAGUGGCAAGGCAGGGCUGUUUUGGUCCAGAUAGUAAGUCCUGCCAGGGGUAAUGGGAUACAUCUAGAGGGCAUACGGGAUGAAAUCCAAGAAAGCUGCAGCAGGAUCAACAGGAUAUUUGGGCGUCCUGGUUAUGAACCUAUUGUCUUUAUAGAUAGACCGGUUUCAGUUGCAGAAAAAGCUGCUUAUUAUAGCAUUGCCGAAUGUGUUGUUGUCACAGCUGUAAGAGAUGGGAUGAACCUAACUCCUUAUGAAUAUAUUGCUUGUAGACAGGAAAUGUCUGGUUUUGAAUCAUGCACUAAUUCCAAUGGCUCAAAGAGCAUGCUAGUGAUAUCAGAAUUUAUUGGGUGUUCUCCAUCACUUAGCGGGGCUAUCCGUGUGAAUCCGUGGAAUGUUGAAGCAACUGCGGAGGCAAUGAAUGAGGCCAUCUCAAUGGCUGAUGGAGAGAAGCAGUUGCGGCAUGAAAAGCAUCAUCGGUAUGUUAUCACUCAUGAUGUGGCUUAUUGGUCUCGUAGUUUCUUGCAUGAUAUGGAGAGGGCUUGCUUGGACCUUCUGAGGAAAAGAUGUUGGGGAAUAGGUCUUAGCUUUGGAUUCAGAGUUGUGGCCCUUGAUCCUAAUUUUAGAAAGCUCUCAAUUGAUGCUAUGGUUUCAGCUUACAAGAGUGCAGAGAGUAGGGCCAUUUUGUUGGACUAUGAUGGCACUGUUAUGCCACAGAACUCUAUUAAUAAGAGUCCAAGUCCAGAGGUCAUCUCUAUUUUGAACACACUCAGUGCAGACUCCAAAAAUGUAGUUUUCAUUGUUAGUGGGAGGGGGAGGGAUAGCUUAAGUAACUGGUUUACUCCCUGCAAAAAACUUGGAAUUGCUGCGGAACAUGGAUACUUCUUGAGGUGGUCUCAGAGUGAAGAAUGGGAAAUUUGUGGAAAGAGCUCUGAUUUUGGCUGGAUGCAGAUUGCUGAACCUGUAAUGAAACUAUAUACAGAGGCAACUGAUGGUUCUGGCAUUGAAAAAAAGGAAAGUGCUUUGGUAUGGCAAUACCGGGAUGCUGACCUUGGUUUUGGAUCUUCUCAGGCCAAGGAAAUGUUAGAUCAUCUUGAAAGUGUUUUGGCCAAUGAGCCUGUUGCUGUGAAGAGUGGUCAGUUCAUUGUGGAAGUAAAGCCUCAGGAUGUGAGCAAGGGCUUAGUUGCAGAAAAGAUCUUUUCAUCAAUGGCUGUACAAGGGAAACGGGCUGACUUUGUACUAUGCGUUGGUGAUGACAGAUCAGAUGAAGAUAUGUUCGAAAUAAUUAGUAGUGCCGUCUCUAGAAAUAUUCUUUCGGCCAAUUGUUCCGUAUUCGCUUGCACAGUUGGACAAAAACCGAGCAAAGCUAAGUAUUAUUUGGAUGAUACGAUUGAAGUCAUUAGCAUGCUAGAAUCUUUAGCUGAAGAAUCUGAUUCUGCUUAGAACAAAGCGGGGAUUCCUCUUGCAUGAGGUUUUCUUGGGUUAGGUGAUCUUUACUUUUCCUCACUGUGGAAUGUAAUUUGCAAGAUGAAGCGUUUUACAGGGGGACGUAGGCAGAUUUUUUUUCCAUAGAAUUUCCUUAAUUCUUCUCUCUUCGUCUGAUAAUAUAUUAUAUAAUUUUUGAAACGUCCAUUA